AUGAGUAUCUUGUUUUUGAAUCAACUCAAGAACUUUGCCGGUAGAAACAUAUUUACUGCUACAAACAGAAUCACCAAAAGAAUGACUUCCACAAAUCAAUCGUUCGAUAUCAACAAUUUCUACGCCGAUGCUAAUGCCCCAGUGGUGAAUUUAUCAGCUAAGGACUUUUUCCAUCAAUUGACUGAUGCAGAACAAAAAUAUGCUCAUUAUAUCUCUAAAGCUGGUCAUUACGGCUCUAGAAUUGUUGCAAGACAAGUUUCACAUGAAUCUGAAGCUAUUGUUGACUUGAUUGUUCAAAUCCAAAAGAACUUGAACUCCGACUACUCCAAGCUUUCUGUUAGUGAAACUUCUAAGAAAGGAUAUUUGGAAUACGCAUCCCAAAUCUUAAGUAACUUAGGUAAUUACAAGUCAUUUGGUGAUAAGAAGUUUAUCCCAAGAGUGCCUGCUGAAGAUUUUGAGCAAAUUGUUAAAGAGUCAAGUAUUGACUUAGGUUUGUUCAAUAAAAUCAAAGAUUCAAUCUAUUCAAUCAACGAGAAAUCCGCUUUAUUAGGUUAUCCAGCUGAAGGUCACGUCUCAGGUUACUACAUUGGUGAUGUUUCAAAAGAUGAUGUUGUUUUAAUCAAAAAAGUUUUAAGUGAAAAUCAAGUCUUAUUUGAGAACUUGAGAAUCAAAAAGAAUAACGACACAGAGUUCACCAUUUUGGUUGCCUCAAAGUUGACAGAAAAUAAGACAUCUUAUCCUAAUGAGAUUUCAGCAGAUGGUAUUAAAAUAAAUUUACAAUUUGGUGAUUACUCCAAAGAAUUUGCUAAGAUCAAUGAGAACUUAGAAAAGGCUAAAGAAGUUGCAGCUAAUGAGACACAAGUCAAGAUGCUUGAUGCUUAUAUUGAAUCAUUUGAAACUGGUUCAAUCAAUGCUCAUAAGGAAUCUCAAAAAUACUGGGUGAAAGAUAUUUCACCAGUUAUUGAAACAAACAUUGGUUUCAUUGAAACUUACAGAGAACCAGGUGGUGUUGCUGGUGAAUGGGAAACUUUAGUCUCUAUUCAAAAUAAAGAACAAACUAAGAAGUUUCAAAAAUUAGUCGACAGUGCUCCACAGUACAUCAAAUUAUUACCAUGGGGUGAAGAAUAUGAAAAAGAUGUUUUCCAAGCUCCAGAUUUCACUUCAUUGGAAGUUUUAACGUUCGCGGGUUCAGGUAUUCCAGCUGGUAUCAAUAUUCCAAAUUAUGAUGAUAUUAGACAAAACAUUGGGUUCAAAAACGUUAAUUUAGGUAACAUUGUGAGAGCUAGAUCUGGUAAACAACCAAUUACUUUCUUAAGUCCAGAAGACUCCGAACUUUACAAUAAAUAUGCCGAUCAAUCAUUUGAAGUUCAAGUUGGUAUUCAUGAAUUAUUAGGUCAUGGUUCAGGUAAAUUACUCUCUGAAAAUCAAGAUGGCACCUUCAAUUAUGAUCAUGAAAACCCACCAUUAGGUGUUGAUGGUAAACCGGUUACUACUUAUUACAAAAAAGGUGAAACAUGGGGGUCAAAGUUCGGUUCAUUAGCUGGUGCAUAUGAAGAAUGUAGAGCUGAAGUUAUUGCAUUAUAUUUGAUUACAGACCCUGAAAUUUUAACAACUUUUGGAUUCAAAACCAAAGAGGAACAACGCGCUAUUAUCUAUGUUGGAUUCUUACAAAUGGCUAGAGCUGGGUUCACUGCUUUGGAACAAUAUGAUCCAGCUUCUAAAAAAUGGGGUCAAGCUCAUUCUCAAGCUAGAUAUGCAAUUUUGAAGACCUUAUUACAAGCUAACUUGGUUGAACUAGUUUACACUAAACCGGAAAAUAGUGACUUGUAUAUCAAAGUUGACGAAUCAAAGAUUGAAACUGUUGGCCAUCAAGCCGUUAAAGAUUAUUUAACACAUUUACACAUUUACAAAGCUUCAGGUGAUUAUGAAAAUGGUUCUAAAUACUUUAUCGACAGAUCAAGUGUUCAUGAAGAAGAGCUUGGAAAAUUCAGAAAAAUUGUCAUGGAUUCGAGAUUACCAAGAAAACAAUUUAUCCAAGCAAACACUGAAAUUGUUGAUGGUAAAGUUGUUUUGAAAGAAUAUGAAGAAUCAGAAGUUGGUUUAAUCCAAAGUUUUGUCGAAAGAGAUUACUAA